UCGCCUCGCGCGGGAGCAGAUGUUUCGCGCGGAUUUGAAAUCGGAAAACGUCAGUUUGUUUCUUGUUUUCGUUCGACCGUCGUUGGUGGCGGAUGCGUGUUUGGUUUCGUGGGCGCUGUUGCUGAUUUUCGCGUUUUGGUGCUUAUCCGCUUUGUUAAACGCGUGUCGUUCCGUUUCUCAAGCGGCCAGUGCCUUCCCGCGACCAAUUUCGUCCGAUCGUGCAGCGUGUUUUGUGAUAAUUAUCCUGGUAAAAUGGAUCCCAAUAAUGCUAGUCUCAGCUGCGUGGCGAACAUCGUGUGGAGCAACAACCUUGGAACAACGAUCAAGAAAGCGGUCUACAAACAGGCCACCCUCCGGCUGGUUCGGAACACGCUGAAGGAAAUGUUCCUGGAAGUUUCUGGCGAAAAAGUGAAUCCGAUAAAGCUGAAGCUGAAAGGUAUAAAGGUACACUCCAAAUUUAUGGCAGAGGGAAAAGCUACUAUCGAAUUCAACGAAGAGAAAUGCUCCUGCUUCUUAUCCAACGCUCCACCUGGUUUGCUUGUGCAAUUCCUAAAAAUAAUCUACAUCAAGAUCACAACCAAUGAAACUUCAAACGGAGAAACUAAAGAGGACAUGCUCAAAAAAACCCGCGCCCAUUUGCUGUCCGGGAAGGCGAACCAAUUCGACGACAUCAGUCCGGUAACGAACGCCGAGCUGGCUCGUGCGAAAAAACUGGCCGUUGGAAAUGGAUCGGUGACGACACCUUCGCCACCACAGAAGCGAAAGAGACUUUCCGGCGAAGAACAGAGACCAGCUCCGAAAAAGCUCUACGUUCCGUCUCCGCUAACCUCGACCAUUGAAUCGGAGGUUUUGAACGAGCAGCAGCGCAUGAUCCUGGAUGCGUGCAAGGCGGGCCGAAGUGUUUUCUUCACCGGUUCCGCCGGAACGGGGAAAAGUUUCCUGUUGCGGAAGAUCAUCUCGACGCUGCCACCGGACGGAACGGUGGCCACCGCAUCGACGGGUGUGGCUGCUUGCUUGAUUGGGGGCACGACGCUGCACGCUUUUGCGGGGAUUGGUAGUGGUGAAGCGGCGCUCAGUCGGUGUUACGAAAUGGCCACCAGAGCGAAUAGCGGCCAAAUAUGGCGACGAUGCAAGAGACUGGUGAUAGACGAGAUUUCGAUGGUGGACGGGAACUAUUUCGAGAAAAUCGAAGCUGUUGCGCGUUACGUUCGUAAGUCCGAUAAACCUUUCGGCGGAAUCCAACUGAUCUUAUGCGGAGAUUUCUUCCAACUGCCUCCGGUGGUAAAACAGGACUCUUUCUCCAGAAAUGCGCUAAGCCAAGACCAGGAUAACAAAUCCGGAGCUCGCUUUUCGUUCGAAACCAAAGCCUGGCAAGAGUGCGUGCAGCAAUCGUUCGAAUUGACUGUGGUCCACCGUCAGAAGGAUCCAGCUUUUGUGUCGAUUCUCAACAGUAUUCGGAUUGGUCGGGUGACGCCGGAGAUCCGCGACCGACUGACAGCAACCUCGAAACAAUGCAUAGAGAUGGAAGGAAUUCUUGCAACGCAGCUCUGUUCCCACACAAAUGAUGCAGAUCUCAUUAAUCAGUCCAAACUGAACAAUCUCUCGGGAGAGGAGAAGACUUAUCAUGCAAUUGAUAGUGAUAGCUACAUGACAAAGCAACUGGACCAGCAGGUUCAAGCGCCGGGGAAGCUUAUUCUGAAGGUGGGGGCCCAAGUGAUGCUUCUGAAGAAUCUCAACAUUGCCGAAGGGCUGGUGAACGGUGCCCGCGGAGUGGUGACCAACUUCGUCCAAGGAUACCCUUUGGUAAAGUUCAAGAAACGUGACCUUCUAGUGAAACCGGAAAAAUGGUCCAUCAAAACGCCUGGAGCCGUGAUUGUCACCCGCUCGCAACUCCCACUUAAACUAGCUUGGGCAUUCUCCAUUCACAAAUCUCAAGGUCUAACUCUGGACUGCGUCGAGAUGUCCCUAUCCAAGGUGUUCGAAGCGGGUCAGGCCUAUGUGGCGUUGAGUCGAGCCCAGAGUUUGGACAGUCUUCGAGUGCUGGACUUCGACGGCAACCAGGUGUGGGCCAAUCCGAAAGUCUUGGAAUACUACCGGGACCUACGGCGGCAGAUACGAGACCGGGAGUACGUCACUCCCAUGGCUGUGAAGAAGAAGGACGGUGGUCUGAAGAAAUCCCUAUCUGCGAUGGGGCUGACCAAAUCUCUGAUGAGUAAACCACUAGUGACGAUUAACUAGGCGAAUUGUAUAUGUACUAUGACUUUUAUUUUUUUCUCUAUUCAUUCGCGUAUUUAUGACCUUCCGUAUGUUUUAAGGCGCAAUAUCAUUCCGCACAGCGAACAACUGAACUUGAAUGCAUCAACUAGAUAAAUUUGUACUUAGUAUUACAAAAUAACUAAAAAUAUAAUGUGACUAUUUCAAAAUAUAACAAGUAUUAAUAGGAGCAACCAAUAUAACAAUUGACUCGAA